AUGGAGGAAGCCAGCGAUACACAGACACCUGAGACUGCAGCUGUGCUGAAGCGCACUGUUGAGGCUCUUAUGGAGAGAGGAGCCAUUGUGAGGAACCUGGAAAACCUGGGAGAAAGGUCGCUACCUUACAAAAUCUCCAAGCACAACGAGCGCCACAGAAGAGGAGGGUAUUUUUUGAUAGACUUAGAAGGCCCACCUUCAAUUGUAUCGACCAUGAUGGAUCAUUUAGGACGUGAUAUUGAUGUAAUUAAACGUGCUUUUAUAAAGCAUCCUGUAUCAAAGACAGAAGAAUGCAGUGGCAUAAUCCCAGUCGACUAUGAAGAUAAACUAAUUGCCAAGAAGAAGUGAAUAGCGUGUUUGAAACUUUUUAAAAGUCUUUUUUAUUCCUGCUUUGGAAAACAAUUGUGAUAACUAAUGUCCAUCAAAAAUAAUCAGUUUUGACCAUGUGAUAUGUGUGGUAUAGUACACUAUCUUGAGUUAUUGUAACAUGAGGAUUCUUUUUGUUUAAAAUAAUUUGAAUAGACAAUCUGUAUGCUUAUCUUGAUAUUUGACAGCUUUAAAAAUUGAUUUUCUUUUCUCUUUGAGAGUUACAUUGAUAAUGAAGAUUUGUCCAUCAUCAGAAUGCUAAAAAUAGCAUUCUCUUCCGAAGACAGAUUACUUCAGAAUAUGUAUAUUUACAUAAGAGAUUAAGAAGUCUACAGUGUAAAUAU